GUUACUUUCUCAAAAUGAUGCUGCAGAGGGUGUGUGCUCGAUGGAUCGGAGGUGUCUUUUUUAAUGCUUUUCUCAUUGGAGCCGUCAUGUUAUUAAUAUGUGAAAAUACUACAAUUGCGGAAGAAGUGCCAGCAUUCUUUUUGAAAAUCGCCAAAAUACCAACUUUGCCGAGAGUAGGUCGAAGCGGAAGAUUUGAAGAUUUCUUUUAUAAAGCUGAAAAGCAUAUACCCCGAAUUGGUAGAAGCAAUCAGCACAAACAGUCAACCAACCCUCUAUUGCUGCAAGACGAACAAGAAACUUACUCCGAUUUAACUAAAAGGCGCAUAGAUUAUCCUUCAAAAGUUGAAGAAUGGUCCUGGCAGAACUUUCCUCUAGCAAUCGAAGGUCCAAAAGAACUGUGGCGAACAUUAGCUGGAUAUUCAAAAGAUGGUAGCGACGACAUCGAAAAUGAAGUGUGGCAGAGGAAGAAAAGGACUGAAUCAGCAAUUACACAAGCAAAAUAACAAAAAUCCAGAAAUUAUUUGUCGCUUUGGAAAAGUUAAAUAAUAUAUGGCUUUUGUUAUUAUAUGGU